UUUAAUAAUUUUUCGAUGUCAAAAUCAAAAUAUGUAAAGUGGAAACGUAAUAACCUAAGAAAAGUUAUGGCUGAGAAAAAUAGAAUAAGAAAAAUACUAAGAAGAUUUAAUAUACUGAAAACAAAAAAUUCAAAAUUCAACAAAAUUAUUGAAGAAAAUAAAAAGGGAAGUAAAAUAUCAGUACAAAAAGAAAUAAAAUUUAAAAGAAAUGAGCUAGCCAAGACAUUACAAGGAGUAUGGUCUCUUUUCUCUUAUAUAUUACCUAUUGUAACUUUGGUAUUGAGGAAUGCUUCACAUGUCGCUGGUGAAGGAAAUGUUGGGUGCUUGUAUGUUGGCUCGCUGUGUUUAAGUGGAAUGGAGUUUUGUUACGAUGAUCUUAUGUUUGGUAAAUGUCUUUCUAAAUCAGGAGUUGAUGUGGAUGAUAUAGAUCGAACUCCUGUCAGUGAAGAACAAUCUAGAAUUUUAGCAACAAUGUUGGAAGAACUGCAAGGUGCUGAUUUAGGGUGGGAUCACCCUUUUGUUCAAUGCCAAAUACAAGGAACUCUAUUUGCUAUGCGAAGGCGUACACAAUUACCGCCAAACUUAUGUGCUAAUUUAGCCCCUGAUCCAGAAAUCAUUGGUCCACAGAGUCCUUUAGCAUUUGUAAGAUUCACAUCUCCGGAAAAUGAUGAAAUCGACUAUCAACCUUACAAUAAAGACGUAGGUUUCGCUAACUCUUAUGGACUCUUACCACAAGUUCAAACACGUAAAGUAGAUAAUAUGGAGCUAUUAACUGAGCUAGCUCAUAGAUCAGAUAUUGUACCUCAGGAACGAAAGCGCACUACACAAUAUAAUCAAGCAAAAUCAGAUUCAAAAAAAUACAUAAGGCAUAUGAACAAUGGUUUAAAUCUUCGCAAAAUAUUACUUCAUUAUGAGAACGGAGAUUUAUUUCCAUUUAUUUCAACCAAAAAAUAUGUUUAUCCGCAUACAAAUGCAUCCUAUGAUGUGAAAAUAUAUGACAGUCCUAUUCAUCCAAGGAACUCAAACAAGCGUACAAAUAGUGGGACGCACUUCUUAUAUUUUAGAGAACUAUCUGAUAACAAUCAGAUACCAUUGAGCAGAAAAAAUCAUUUUAUUCCAUCUUCGCAAGAAUAUUUUAACUAUCUUAAAAAAUCUAAAACAUUUGACUUAGACCCACAUAAUGAACAAAUUAAUUUUCCAGUUAAGUUAUUUAAGCUAAACCCUGAUGAACAGAAACAUUUUGAGCAAUACGGAAUUGAUCAAAUGGGAGUUUACACUGAAGGGGGGUUCCUUAUUCCUUCAGAUCAAGACAACAAAGAAGAUCGGAAAAAAGAUGCCAGAACCUUGUUUGCUAAUAUGAUGGGUUUUACAAGACAUGAGCGCUUAGAUGUAAAGAAACCUGGUCCUUUGAUCACGUCACCAACCGAUAUUAAGGCCACAGAUGUUUUCAAUACCAUAACCCAAAAGAAAAUUAAUACAAAAGAGGAUAUGGCUUUAAGUACAAUUAAACGGGAGCAAAUAAAUAAAGCCACAAAUAUAAUGCAAGACCAUUCGGCAGAGGAUCAUGCUCAGUAUUCAGUUGAUACCGAGUAUGCAUUUGUAAUUAUGAAACAUCCAAUUGACAGUUGGGCCGAUGGUGUGCGUAUAGUAAACGCAUUAGCUAACACAUUACAAAUGAAUUUUACACACCCAAGAGUCGAUAGUCAUGAAGUUUCAUUUCGCGUUGAGCCAAAUCCUGAAAAAAAAUCAGCUAUAGACGUGGCCAAAUCUAUAAACACGGAUCGUUUUAAAAGUAAUAUAUACCGCCGUUUCGGAAUAACAAUUGUGCGAUCUGGCGUUGGAAAUAAAGUUAAAUACGACCCGGAAAAAGAAGUAGUUCAAGUUUCCAAAAUAGAACAAACCGAGCAGGGACCUGAUGUGACCCAUAUCAUGGCUUAUAUGUUUGCAGGCGCUGGAGCUGCAGCUGCUUUGGUUAUCAUAGUAGUUUUAUUUUUAAUAAGACGUCAUGACAAAACCCGCUACAAAUUAGGAGGUUUGCAAUGUUCCACUACUGGUAACGAAAGCUGUAGUAAAGAUUAUCAG